AUGCCUUGCAACUGCCGUCAAGGCACAGGGACACAUGAUCAUCUUCAGGACGGAUUUGCGCGCGGCGGUAUGUUUGGUGUGGGGUCGCCACUAAAUGCACAAGUGGACGUUGAUCUUUUGCAGCUGUGGAAUUCGCGAAAUAGUGUUUCAGAGGCAGCGCGUAUCUUUGAUCCGGCGAAAGGUGACAACGAUCAACCAAUAUGUAGUGAUGCUGACCCGGAGUUGCUUUUGCUCAUUCCACUCAAGGAGGUUUGCCGUAUUAGAUCCGUAUCGAUCCUUGGAACCAAUGACGAUUUCGCCCCUUCCCAAGUGAAGCUGUUCUGCAACCCCACCGGUGUUGUUGGAUUUGAUUCCGUUCGACGUUUACAACACCAGGAGGAGAUUCAACUCGCCCAGGUGUCUGCCGACGACCGCAUAGCGUACCGUUUGAACCCGGCGAAAUUUUCCUCAGCAGGGUGUAUGGGAAUGCUAUUCGAGCAUAGUUUCGGAGACGACGAAACCCACAUACUUCGGAUAGAACUUUUCGGCGAGUCGACGGGGAGACCGGUUUACCAGCAGACGGCGACUAAUGUUGUAUAUGAGGCGAUGGCAAACCCAACGGACCAUAAUGUGGGCGAGGAGCUCAAGAAAACAUUCACUAUAUUCUAG